AUGAUGAAGAUGAGUCUGGACCCGGUGCAGGUGAUGAGCGGACAGGUCAAGGAGCUCAGAGUGGCCCCCUCGUCCAACGGGGACAGCAGAGGAUCAUGGGAGGAGAAGGAAGUGUUUGAUCAGGAUAACUUGGGCCUCAGCACCAAGCCAAAACCAGUGACAGGGAGACGAACCCGGAAGGUGGAGGGAGGCGUGUUCUUCCCGAAGCCAGAGAACGCGGUGACUAUUGCUGUCUCCUCUCGUGUCAUGUUUCGGACUGAGCGUGAGCAGAAGGUGUUUGAGCAGAAAGGAGUGGAGGAGUAUCUGAGAUACCAGAUCGAGCACGAGAACGAGCCCUUCGCCCCUGGGCCUGCCUUCCCAUUUGUCAAAGCUCUGAUGACAGUCAACGCUCGUCUGCGGGAGCUGUACCCAGAAAGUGAAGAACUGUUCGACAUUGUGUUGGUGACAUACAACCACGCACACGUAGGAAUUCGACUCAUCAACACAAUCAACCAUCACAACUUGUUCAUCGAGAGGUUUUGUAUGACGGGGGGAAGCAGUCCUAUCGGCUACCUGAAGGCCUGGCAGACCAACCUCUACCUGUCAGCUGACGCCGACAAGGUCCGGGAGGCACUGGCUGAAGGCAUCGCGGCAGCCACCAUGUUCAUGCCAGGGAAGCUGACGGAGGUAUCGGAGUCCCAGCUGAGGGUGGCGUUUGACGGGGACGCCGUCCUCUUCUCUGAUGAGUCAGAGCGCAUCUUCAAGGCCCACGGGCUGGACAAGUUCUUCGAGCACGAGAGGGAGAAUGAGGACACUCUGUUGGAGCAUGGUCCCCUGAAGGGCUUUCUGGAGGCACUGGGGAAGCUCCAAAAAAAGUUUUACGCCAAAGGCCAACGCUUGUCCUGCCCCAUCCGGACCUUCCUGGUGACGGCUCGCAGCGCGGCCAGCUCUGGGAUCCGGGCGCUGAAGACGCUCCGGGCGUGGGGCUUGGAGAUCGACGAGGCUCUGUUUCUGGCGGGAGCGCCGAAGGGCCCAAUGCUGGAGAAGAUCAGGCCUCACAUCUACUUCGACGAUCAGAUGUUUCACGUGGAGGGAGCGGCAGAGAUGGGCACCGUCGCUGCCCACGUGCCCUACGGCAUUGCACAGAAACACAACGCCAGACAGAAACCCGGAGUUGGGAAGUAA